CGCCUCCCCUCCCCUUCCCCCCCCCCACUCCGUCCGCGGAAAGAGCCGCCGCCGCCUCCCCGGCCGCGCUUCCCCGCUCGCCGCCGCCCAUGGCUUCCACCGGGGUGCUGCCCUUCAUCCGCGGCGUCGAUCUCAGCGGGAACGACUUCAAGGGCGGUUUCUUCCCGGAGCACGUGAAGUCCAUGAGCAGCCUGCGAUGGCUGAAGUUGAAUCGGACCGGCCUCUGCUACUUGCCCGAGGAGCUCUCUGCCCUCCACAAGCUGGAACACCUCUCCGUCAGCCACAACAACCUGACCACCCUCCACGGAGAAUUCUCCAGCCUCCCUUGCCUGCGGGCCAUCGUCGCUCGGGCCAAUGCGCUGAAAAAUUCCGGGAUUCCUUAUGAAAUCUUCCAGCUGGACGACCUCUCGGUCUUGGACCUGAGCUACAACCAGCUGACCGAGUGUCCACGGGAGCUUGAGAACGCCAAGAAUAUCCUUGUGCUCAACCUCAAGCAUAAUAGCAUAGAUAGUAUCCCCAACCAGCUCUUCAUCAACCUGACCGACCUGCUUUACCUGGAUUUGAGUGACAACAAGCUGGAGAGCCUGCCCCCCCAAAUGAGGCGCCUGGUGCACCUGCAGACUUUGCUUCUGAAUAAUAACCCUCUGAUGCACGCCCAGCUCAGGCAACUCCCCGCCAUGACAGCUCUGCAAACGCUCCACCUCCGGAACACGCAGAGGACUCAGAGCAACCUGCCGACGAGCUUAGACGGCCUGACCAGCUUGGCAGAUGUGGACUUCUCUUGCAACGAUCUCAGCCGCGUUCCGGAAUGUCUCUACACUCUGUCCAACCUGCGGCGUCUGAACCUGAGCACCAACCAGAUUUCGGAGCUGUCUCUUUGCAUCGACCAGUGGACGCAACUGGAGACCCUCAAUCUGUCAAGGAACCAGCUCACUUCCCUCCCGUCUGCUAUCUGCAAACUCACCAAACUAAAGAAGCUCUACUUGAAUUCCAACAAGCUGGACUUCGAUGGCAUCCCCUCCGGCAUCGGGAAGCUGGCCAACCUGGAGGAAUUUAUGGCAGCCAAUAACAACCUGGAGCUCAUUCCCGAAAGCCUCUGCAGGUGCGUGAAACUCAGGAAGCUGGUUUUGAACAAGAAUCGCCUGGUGACCUUGCCGGAAGCCGUGCAUUUUUUGACAGACGUUGAGAUCUUGGAUGUCCGGGAGAACCCAAACUUGGUGAUGCCCCCAAAGCCUGUAGACCGAACUUCAGAGUGGUACAACAUUGACUUCUCCCUGCAGAAUCAGUUGCGGCUGGCUGGGGCAUCUCCUGCCACGGUGGCAGCGGCAGCUGGAGGGAGCAGCCCAAAGGACCCCCUGGCCCGGAAAAUGCGCUUGCGAAGACGCAAAGAUUCCGCCCAAGACGAUCAAGCCAAGCAGGUGUUGAAAGGCAUGUCCGACGUGGCCCAGGAGAAGAAUAAGAAGCUGGAGGAGAACGGAGACCUAAAAUACACGGAUCUGAAGACCCGCCGCUGGGACCAGAGUUUGGAGAAACCCCAGCUCAACUAUUCGGAGUUCUUCACGGAACAUGUGGGCCAGCUGCCAGGGGUCACCGUCUGGCAGAUCGAGAAUUUCGUGCCCAUCAUGGUGGACGAGGCUUUCCAUGGGAAGUUCUAUGAAGCCGAUUGCUACAUUGUGCUGAAGACCUUCCUGGAUGACAGCGGAUCCUUGAACUGGGAGAUCUAUUACUGGAUCGGCCAGGAGGCCUCCCUGGAUAAGAAGGCCUGUUCGGCCAUCCACGCCGUCAACCUGCGGAACUUCCUGGGGGCCGAGUGCCGGAGUAUUCGAGAAGAGAUGGGGGACGAGAGCGAUGAGUUCAGCCAGGUGUUUGAUCACGAGAUCUCCUACAUCGAAGGAGGCACGGCAAGCGGCUUCUUCACUGUGGAAGACGUCCAUUAUGUCACCAGGCUUUACCGUGUUUAUGGAAAGAAGAAUAUCAAAUUGGAACCAGUUCCUCUGAAAGCGACCGCUUUAGAUCCUCGUUUUGUCUUCCUGUUGGAUCACGGCCUUGAGAUCUACAUCUGGAGGGGCAGCCAGGCUACUCUCAAUGGUACCACCAAAGCCAGGCUCUUUGCGGAGAAGAUCAACAAGAACGAGCGGAAAGGCAAGGCGGAAAUCCUGCUGCUGACUCAGACCGAGGAGACCCCAGAAUUCUGGGACCUCCUGGGUGGGCAGCCAGAAGAGAUCAAGGCCAACGUCCCAGAUGACUUCAAGCCACCCAGACCCAAGCUCUACAAGGUUGGCUUGGGACUGGGCUACUUGGAGCUGCCCCAGAUCAACUACAGGCUCUCUGUGGAGCACAAGAAAAGGCCCGGGGUGGACCUGUUGCCCGAAAUGAGGCUGCUCCAGAGCCUGCUGGACACCAAGUCGGUCUACAUUCUUGACUGCUGGUCAGACGUCUUCAUCUGGAUUGGCCGGAAGUCCCCACGCCUGGUGCGGGCGGCUGCUCUCAAGCUGGGUCAGGAGCUGUGCAACAUGCUUCACCGUCCCAAGCACGCCAUGGUCAUCCGGAAUCUGGAGGGCACCGAGUGCCAGGUCUUCAAAUCCAAAUUCAAGAACUGGGAUGACGUUCUGAAGGUGGACUACACCCGCAACGCCGAAGCCGUCCAUCAACCUGGUGGUCUCUCGGGAAAAGUGCAGAAGGAUGCUGAGAAGAAGGACCAGCUCAAGGCUGAUUUGACAGCCCUGUUUCUGCCACGUCAGCCCCCGAUGCCUCUGAGUGAGGCAGAGCAGCUCAUGGAAGAAUGGAAUGAAGAUCUGGACGGCAUGGAAGGCUUUGUCCUGGAGAACAAGAAGUUCACCAGACUGCCUGAAGAGGAAUUUGGCCACUUCUACACCCAGGACUGCUACGUCUUUCUCUGCCGGUACUGGAUCCCUGUGGAGACAGAGGAAGAUGAGGAGAAGAAGAAGAAGAGAGAGGAAGGGGGCGCUGAAGGAGAGGAGAAGGACGAGGAAGAGGAGGUGGAAGAAGAAGGGAAGCAGCCAGAAGAAGACUUCCAAUGUGUGGUUUAUUUCUGGCAGGGCCGUGAGGCCUCCAACAUGGGGUGGUUGACCUUCACUUUCAGCCUUCAGAAGAAAUUUGAGAACCUUUUCCCGGGCAAGCUGGAGGUUGUGCGCAUGACGCAGCAGCAGGAGAACCCCAAGUUCCUCUCCCACUUCAAGAGGAAAUUCAUCGUCCACAAGGGGAAGAGGAAAGCCAGGGAUGACAACCUCCAGCCCAGCCUCUACCACAUCCGUACCAACGGCAGCGCGCUCUGUACCCGGUGUAUCCAGAUCAAUACGGACUCCAGCCUUCUGAACUCUGAAUUCUGCUUCAUUUUAAAGGUUCCCUUCGAGAGUUCCGACAACCAGGGCAUCGUGUACACCUGGGUCGGCCGAGCUGCCAACCCCGAUGAAGCCAAGUUGGCCGAAGAUAUCAUGAACCACAUGUUUGAUGACUCAUACAGUAAACAGGUGAUCAACGAGGGAGAAGAACCAGAGAAUUUCUUUUGGGUCGGGAUCGGAGCCCAGAAACCUUACGAUGGAGAUGCCGAAUACAUGAACUUCUCCCGUCUUUUCAGGUGCUCCAACGAGAAGGGCUACUUCGCGGUGUCUGAAAAAUGCUCCGAUUUCUGCCAGGAUGACCUGGCCGACGAUGACAUCAUGUUGCUGGACAACGGCUGCGAGGUCUACAUGUGGGUGGGGACGCAGACCAGCCAGGUCGAGAUCAAGUUGAGCCUCAAAGCUUGCCAGGUCUACAUCCAGCACAUGCGGUCCAAAGAUGCCAGCCGGCCCCGGAAGCUCCGUCUGGUGCGGAAAGGCAAUGAGCCGCUUCCCUUCACCCGCUGCUUCCACGCCUGGAGCGUUUUCCGGAAGCCACCAGCUUAACGGCGGCACCUGGCGCCAAACCUCAGACCUCUCCUGCCACCCUCAGUGGCCAACGGAUGGACUUUGUAGUCUUGUGCCAGCGCUGGGUGGACCAUCCCCGCCCUUCACUGCAACGCGCUUCUCUUCGAGCCGCGGAUUGGAGAAAAGGUUACUCAGAGAGAGGUGGGGGAGCUGAAUUGCCCCCUCCCAAAAUCCCCCUCCUGCUUCCAUUCCCAAUGCCAGUCAAAUCUCCUUUGACGGUUCCUCCCCGAGUCAUUCAGACGCCUGGCUGUGUUCUUAGCCAUUGUUACAGAGGAGAAAUCUUGGUUUUCCUCCCCCUCAAGCCCUCCUUUGUUGCCCCCCAAAUGGUCUCUGGAGCCCCCACCCCCACUCAGGAGCAGCAAAUGUGUGCAGGUCAGGCUGAGACCCCGGAGGGUCUCCGUUCUUGGGGGUCUCCAGCAAACACUUGCAAAGAGAUUUCUGAAUUAAGUUUGGAGUGGAAGCAGAAAGGUUUAGUGGGGGGGGAGGUGCUUGAUAUGCAAACCAAACAUGAAGAUUUCCCCCCCCCCCAUCUUCCAUCCCCAAGAAGGAAGAAUUUCAUCAGGUGCUUCUGUGCUCCUCAAAGCCACUCCUGGCUAAAAUUCUUUUUUUAUUAUUCUUUUUUUUUUUACAACUACUAAAAGCACAACUCUCUUUUAUUGCCUUCCGGUUGAAAUGCCUCUUCUUCCUUCCUUCUUUUUGCACUGAAUUACUCAGUUUAAAAAAAAACAAAACCAAGCUUGAUCACACAAAAAAGUGUGUCCUGCUUGCUCCUAGUCCUCAUGAGGCAGUUUUGAAAAGCAGAUCUCUUGCCAACUUUCUGCUUUGCAGUCAGUUGCGGUGGCCCCGUUCCUUCCUAGACGCCACCCACAUUUUGGAAAGGGUGGGAAGAAAGCCACGAAAAGAAACACUGGGAAGAGCUCGUAAAAAGCAGAAGUGGCACCCAUUUUAAACCCAGCCCGUCAACUUGGUGCCCGCUAAACAUCUGCAGCAAUUGCUACCAUCUGCAGAAUGCACGGCCAAAGGCAGAAGAUGGCGGACAUCCUAACUCCAAACAGCUACAGCAGCAGGCAGGAAUUCAACCGGCAAAGUGCAGGGGUGCAACUGGCCUGGCGCAAACACAGCGAAGGGGGCAUCCGUCCCAGGGCUUCACAAGCUUCCUUUUUAAGGUCUCAAUAAAGAUUGCAAAGAUGGCCGUUG